AUGGCUUUUCUACUGACGAAUUCCUCCAUUUCUUCACACUUCCGAUCUCAAUCUCAGAACACACAGGGCGCACUCUCUAUUUCGCGUCGCGGAUUCCAUGUCGAACCUGGUCCUCGCGAGCAAGCUGCUCUUGGGGCUUGUCUUAAGCUGGAAGAGGCUGGCAUAGCCUUUAAACAUUCUCUUCAUUUCCUUUCACAAUGUAACCUUAAGGCUGAAUUGCUUAAAUUUCUUCUACUAUUGGCUGAAGACCCUGCUCUUAAGCGAUUCAAAUCAUAUAAGAAGAGUGUGUGGAAACUCAAAAGAGUUGGAGAUGCUCUGACACUUGUUGUUGUAGCAGGCUGUUGCUAUGAAAUUUAUGUCAAAGCAGUAAUGCGGGAAGCAGCUCGGAAACAGGCAAAGGAAAGUGCAUAA